AGAAGAGGCAUUUGCUGUAGCAAGCGGUUUUCAGCAUCGUUUCUUUCUAUUUCCUUUUUAGUCAUGUAUAACCAAAGCCAAAGCUUCAGUUAGAGGAAGUUCUAACCAGAAUGUGAGUUUUUCUCGUUUUUGUCACAUUCUGGAAAUAAAAUUGCCAACUGAGUGAGCUAUCCUGUAAAAACUGAGCACAAAAUGCAUGACGGCAAUCGACUAAAGAAAGACUGUGAACCAGUGGAAUUGUUGGCAGACUCAAGUAAUCUGCAUCCAAGGGAGCAUUCUAUUACCAAUAUUCUGAAUCGAGUCUUGGUUUUACCCAUAAUCAUAUUGCUCAUAAUUACAGUGAUUGCAAUACUAGUGGGUUUUUUAGUAACCGGUAGAAAAUUGCAUCGGAUGUCAUCAGAGUGUCUUGAAGCCGCAUGCCCAGAAAGCUGGAUUGGUUUCCAAAGAAAGUGUUUCUAUUUUUCUGAUGACUUCAAGAAUUGGACAUUCAGCCAGAGGUUUUGUGACUCACGUGGUGCUGAUCUUGUUCAAGUUGAAACCAUCCAGGAACUGAAUUUCCUACUGAGGUAUAAAGGCCCUUAUGACCACUGGAUUGGGAUCAGCAGAGAACUAGGCCAACCAUGGAAAUUGAUAAAUGGUACUGCAUGGAGCAACUGGGCCUUUAUAUUACUGGGAAAAUUUCAGAUAAUGCUGGAAGACUUGGAUUCAGACAGUUCUGCUAAAUGUUUUCUUGUCUGAGCACAUGAGGAAGUUUUGGAAAGUUGCUUUAUGAGGUUAUGAAAAAGUCUUCAGCAUCGGAAAUAUCACUUUUCGUGGUGAAAAGGGCACUAGGUAGGACAUUCAUAGUUUUGAAAACUAGUUCUUACUUACUAGCUUUUUGAUCUUAGACAGAUACUAAGUUUUAAGAGUUAGAACUUAUGUUUAUACACUGUUGUAUGUGUAGUGCCUAGCACAUUGUGGAAACUUGUUAAAUAUUUCGUUUUAACCUUUACUUCUUCCUCAGCAAUACUGAAAUAAUAAUAUUCACUUCACCUAAUUCUCUAAGUGUUUAAAGGAGCAAAUAUAUUGUUAACUAUUCAGUUGCUGAAAAUUAUUCAUCACACAGAAACAAAAAAUAUAUUUUAUUAAGGGCUAGCAUGUCUCAACCAUAGGCAAAUCAGGUCACAUGAUAACAAUUUCACACAGUACAGAGGAAAAACUUAUAGUCUAAAUACUGACUGAGAUGUCCG